AAGUCAUGCCUUCUCCUAGACGCGUCUAUUAUGGCCUCUUCAUGGGCUUAAUUCUGUUUUUGGCUUUCACUCUCUAUAUUAAUGUGCGCGAAGCCGAUAGAGCACCUGCAAAACGAAGUAACCAGCACACCUUGGAUCCCCUGUACGAGGAUAUCAGGAUUCUCUGCAUGAUACCCUAUAAUUAUAACGGCCCCGGCACUGCCAAGUACGUGAAACGCACCUGGGGAAGGCACUGCAAUGUCUUGCUAUUUGUGAGUGGGGACAUCGAUGGCGAGUUGGAACCCUAUGUGCCUGUGGUUAACUCCACUGAUACGUGGACUUUGGUCCAUCAGGGUCUGAUGCACGCCUCCCUUUCUUAUGCCGACAAAAUCGACUGGCUCCUCAGAGUCGAGCCCUCCAGCUUUGUAGUCGUGGAGAAUCUGCGGUAUAUGAUAAGCAAAUGGAAAUAUCAACCCAGUCAACCGAUUUAUUUUGGCUACCUUCUCGAGAAUAUUGUUACACAUGAGCCCUUUGCCCACCAUCAUAGUGGGUAUGUGAUAAGUCGCGAGGCCUUAAGACGAUAUACAGAGGCGUCGAAGGAUCCUGAGAACAAGGAGUGCACUCAUUGGGCGGGAUAUGUUGAGGGUCUGGAUAUACAUCGGUGCAUGAGUUUUGCUAACGUAACGGUAGCAGAAAGUCGGGACGAAUUUGAGCACGAGACAUUCCUACCCGUUACAGUGGACUACCAGUUCUUAGUGGGCUAUGAUACCAUACCCUGGCUGCGUAACUUAACUUAUCACAAAAGCACAGAGAAAUCAGUUCCCAUAUCCACCCGCGCCAUUUGCUUUCUCGUAGAAUAUCCGCCAGAAAUGUACGAUUACUACUAUUUUGUUUAUCGAGCGAAAAUCUUUGGCACCCCAGUCCCAACCUCCAUUGACUUUGGGCCGUAAUAAAAGGCUCACCUCUGGCAGCUGUCGACGAACUUCCUUCCUGAUGUUUCAAUUACUGGAAGGCAGAGGGCCCAGGUUACUCCUAGUAUCCAUGCCAUCCAAAGUAACCCACAUAUCAUGUACAUCACAUAACUCAUCUCACAUGUGGGAAAAAGGGGAGGAUAAACGUGUUCAUCAAUGAAUCUGUCGUCUGGCCUGGAGUCUCAUUUUCCCAAUGCCCUUUGUCUGUGCAAAAUUACUUCCGUUUUUCU